AUGUUCUUCUCCAAGUGCGGCCGCCUCAAAUCGUUAUAUCUCUCCUCCUUCUACUACUGGACCGACGACGUUCCGCCGGCGCUCGAGGCUUACCAUUCCCUAGCUUUGAAUCUCACUCGAUUGGAUAUCCUGAAUCCUUCAUUUUCCGAGGGAUUCAAAUCGGAUAAGAUCAAGGUUAUCACCAAAUCCUGCCCCAAUCUGAUUGAAUUCAAAGCUUCCUGCAGAUUUGAUCCGAGGUAUAUUGGCUUCGUCGAAGACGAAGCCCUAGUUUCUGUAUCGGUGAAUUGCCCCAAAUUGGGGGUUCUUCAUUUAGCUGAUACGUCCACCCUAUUGAACGCGCGCGGCGAUGGAUUCACGGCGGAGGAUGCGAGUAUCAAUGUAGCCACCUUGAUCGAGGCCUUCUCCGGUCUGCCAUUGCUGGAGGAAUUGGUGCUGGAUAUCUGCAACAAUGUCCGAGACAUUGGUGCAGCGUUUGAAGUUCUCAAUUCAAGCCCUAAAUUGAGAUCACUCAAGUUAGGGUUUUUCCAUGGGAUCUCGAUGCCUGUAGAGUCGAAAUUGGACGGCAUGGCGCUUUGCCAAGGGCUAAAAUCGCUGUCGAUUCGGAACGUGGGGGACUUGGAUGAUAUGGGUUUGAUUGGAAUAGGUAGAGGCUGUUGCAGAUUGGCUGAGGUUAAGAUCCAUGGCUGCAGCAAGAUCACAAUGAGAGGGAUGAGGACUCUGGCUUCCUUGCUUCGGAAAACACUCGUUGAUGUUGGAGUCUUUUGCUGCAGCAACCUCCCCACCCGCCAGUGCUUUGAAGGCGUUGGAGCCGAUACAAGAUAUGAUCGAACGCCAUCACAUCGAUUGUAUUUGGGACUCUGGACAGGAGCUUUAUAUAUGCUUUCUUCUAUGGGGUUUUUAGGAGACUGA